GCCCUAUAUAUAUAUAUAUAUACAUUCUCUCUCAUCCAUGAUCUCCAGAGUGCUUGAUUGGGUGCGGUUUCUGUUUCCGAGAUAAGGCUCAUUCCCUCUCUCCCUCUCUAUAAAUCCGUUCUCUCUCUCUAUAAGUCGUCUCUCUCUCUCUCUCUCUCUCUCUCUCUCUCUCUCUCUUCCUCUGAACUUUGCCAUGUCCUGUGUCCUUGCCUCUGCUGCUUAACCGAACGUGUCUGGGAUCUCUCUUUGAUCACAGUGCUAAUGUUGCAGGAGUUGAAGGACACAAAAAUUCCAUGAAUUUUUGGAAUUGGAUUCCUUUGCCUAGGGUUUGGCUUUUGUCAAAAUCAAUUGGAUUUUGCAUGGGAGGACCAGCUUUGUAGGGAGGAGGAUUGAUCACUCCUGCAAAUGGGGAACGAGGAAGAAUCAGCCGCCCUGGCUGAUUCAGGGAACAGGAAACUGGUAAGGCACUCCUCCUCUGGUUUCCAAUUCUCAGGCUUGAGCUCCUCAGGCUUGGUGCUCAGAGUCUUCUACGUUAGGGUUAGCAAUUGCGAAUUCGAUAGCCCCCCUCCUGAGCACCUAACCCUGAAACACCUCCCACUGAGCGCCGAGACCCUCAUCGAGGUUAAUGGGGGUCGGAGUGUUUCCUCGGAGGAGGUCUCUGUCCUCCUGAGAAGGGAUCGAGUCGAUAAACAAUCAGAGGAAGCAACAUUUGUGAGCACCGAUUGUGUUCGAAUGACUGGGAGUGUCAGAUUCGAGGUCUAUGAUAGGGAUGAUCUUCUCCUCUCUGGUUUCAUAGAGUUCUCUAAUGGAAAUUCCAAUCCGAAUAAUAAUGUUAUCAAUAACAAUAAUAAUAAUAAUGGCAACAGCGGUGGAGGUUUAAUGGGGGAGACGAAGAAAAGAGGGGGAAAAGAAUUGAGCAUGGAUUGCCAGUCUGAGAUAGUCGGGAGCUCGAGCUUUUUGAGGGGAGGAAUUGAGCAUGGAUUGCCUCCCCCUAAUUUGGAGGUUUAUGUCGCUGGUUGUUUCUUGGGCACCCCCAUCAUAUUGACAAAGACUCUUCAGGUCAGUUUCCGGAGGAAGCCUACGAGAAAAGGGACCUUGCAUUCGAUCCCGGAAUAUGAAUCGACUGAAACUGGGGGACUCUCGCCUGAUCUUUCAUCACAGAUAUCAGAAUACCAAGAUUUUGGAUGUGCCGAUGAUGACAACUUUACUAAACCUUAUCCAAGGGGAGAAUACAUAGAAGGUGAAGAUGGCGAGCUCUCAUGGUUCAAUGCGGGCGUAAGGGUGGGUGUCGGGAUAGGCCUUGGGAUAUGCCUGGGUGUUGGCGUAGGAGUCGGUUUGCUGGUGCGUACAUACCACGCCACCACCAGAGGCUUCAAGAGGCGGCUUCUUUAGGCAAGCAACUCUCACGUGCAAUUCGCAACUUCAACGAGUAUCAGUAGAUGUGUUCCUUGCUCGAAAACCAACGCAGCAUGAAUACCGUGAAAAAUGUCCAAGACAUCGUGAAGCAGAGCUCUGUUGCUGCUUAUAGGAUGAAUUGUGCUAUAAUAUCUGUAUGUACCUUCUCACUUACUACUAAGCUGACAAGAUGGACAAAUGAAGUUUUGUAGUAGGAGGGACCUUACCUCCCAAGUUGGGAUGUGAGCUCCUUCCUUUUCUCGUACUAUUUUCCCUUUUUUUUUUUCUUGUCGGAGUGUCCAUGUUUCCAUUUGUUAUUGGAGAUUAACCCUGCUUAUAAAUAACAUUGUGCAUGCUUGAUGAUGUA